UAUCUGUUUACAUUAUUAUGUGUAAUGUAAACAGUUCUCUAAUUUUAUAGUUCUCUAAUUUAUAAAAUGUCUUGAAAUGAUACAUUUUUUAUGUUUCAGUUCUGAAGAUAAUCUGUUUUCCAGAUAAUAAAUAUAUGGAUAACUAUGUAGGUGCACACAGUUCACCUGCAUGUGCCACGUACCACUAGCUUAUUUGGCAUAGUAGAAUGGCACAACGAGGCAAGAGGCAUAGAAACGACAAUGAUCUGGCGUCUUGUCCGGGCGCUAUUAAAAGGCGCAAAUGUAGAUUGGGUCCAGCUGCCACUGGUUCAUCGGCACUGGCAGCGACCAUGGGGCCCUCAGAAGAAGAGGAAACGAUGGCGUCAUCCAGCCAAGGGGGAGCAUCCUGGACCGCCCGAUCUGUCAGUGAUAUCAAGAUUCCCAGCAUAUACAAUCGAUCAUCCGCGGAAGCACCAGCGGAGUUAUUUCGUAAAGACCUGAUCAGUGCUAUGAAAUUGCCAGACAGUGAACCACUGAGUCCACAUGAGUAUUGGGUUAUAACUGAUCAGUGGAAACAGGAAUGGGAAAGAGGUGUCCAAGUACCUGUUAAUCCAGAUUCUCUUCCUGAACCGAUGGUUACUGUUACUCAGACAUCUCCUUUAAAGUUACAAUCUGAAUUCAAAUUGCCUAAAAAAUUAAUAAGAAUAUCUCGCGAUGAUUAUUUUAACUCGGAGGAUCAUCAUUUAAGUACCACUCCGGCAAGAGCGGAGAAAGCCUGUGCUUAUGAUCUUGAUGAUACCGACAUUGCUUGGUUAGAAGUAUUUAAUGGUGAACGAGCACAGGCUGGACAACCACCGGUUACGGAAUCACAAUUGGAACGAGUCAUAGAAGAGUUGGAAGUACGAUGUUGGGAAAGGAUUCAAACAAUUGUGAAGAAUGAAGAGGGACUUGGGAUUGAAUAUGACGAAAAUGUCAUUUGUGAUGUUUGCAGAUCGCCGGACUCCGAGGAGGGUAAUGAGAUGGUAUUUUGUGAUUGUUGCAACAUAUGUGUACAUCAAGCUUGUUACGGCAUUACUUCGAUACCCGAUGGCUCUUGGUUGUGUAGAACUUGUUCGUUAAGUCAAAGACCCGAUUGUGUAUUAUGUCCUAAUAAGGGAGGUGCAAUGAAGUGCACACGAAGCGGGCAAAAAUGGGCUCAUGUCUCGUGUGCACUCUGGAUUCCCGAAGUUAGCAUUGGUUGUGUAGAAAGAAUGGAACCAAUUACAAAAAUAUCCAGUAUUCCGCAAAGUCGAUGGGCCUUAAUUUGCGUUUUAUGUCGCGAAAGAGUGGGUGCUUGCAUUCAAUGCAGUAUAAAAACAUGUAAGACAGCGUAUCAUGUUACAUGUGCUUUUAAGUACGGGUUGGAAAUGAAAGCGAUUAUCGAGGAUGAAAUGGCAGACGAUGGCGUGAAAUUAAGGUCAUAUUGUCAAAAGCACAGUAGAACAAAUACAAAAGACAAAGUCGGUGUUGGCGGUAGCGUGGGAAGUGGCGGAAAGGGUGGGUCAGAUUCCGAAGACGGUGAAUCCAGACGACGUAAACGAAAAGAUAUGACUUCUGAAGAAAAAAAUCAAGCGCGUGCAGCUAAGUUGCAAGAAAUUGAAGCGGAAUUUGAUAAGCAUGUUAGUAUAAAAGAUAUUACUUCCCAGCAAUUGGACAUAGAUCCCGAUAGUAUCAUGUACAUAUAUAAUUAUUGGAAGUUGAAAAGACGAGCUGGUCAUAAUAAACCGCUAUUAGCUCCUCGUUGUGGUGAAUUGUCGAGCGCCGGAGCACGUGCUCAGGGUCAGGCGGCCGAUGUAGAAAAAAUGCGUACGUUCGUCCAACUGCGUCAAGAUUUAGAACGCGUACGAAAUUUGUGUUAUAUGGUCGGUCGUCGCGAGAAACUCUGUCGCACUUUCUUGAGACUGCGCGAACAAACCUUUCACAAGCAGGCAAUGUUGAUGGCCGGACCACCAUUAUCUCCAGCGGCGGCCGCUGCUAUUGCUGAGGCCAAUCAUGGACCUUCGAUAUACGAUCGCCUUUAUUCCCAUCCUGAUGCCGAGGAUCACACGCAUGAUUUUGACACAAUACUUGCCCGAAUUGCGGGUAUUGAAUCGCCUACGCCAGCGUCUAGUGAUGAAAAGAAGGUACAACCAGAUUUUAAUGGUGCAUCUAAUAAGAAGCUCUACUUCAAUGGUUCAGUUAGACGGAAGAGUCUGUACGGAAGUGAUUUAUCGUCUAUGAGUAGCAGUGAGACGGACGCGGUCAAAUCGGAAAGAAAAGCGGCGAAUAAAUGUAUAAAGUCUACUAAACAUAUAAAGGUAGACAGCGAGUCGACCACAGAAGAUGAAGCGAACGCAAUAUCGAAAAACAAAACUCCCGCCAGACGAAAAACAAAGAAGAACGCGCCGGAUAGGCCGCGAACCAAACUGCGCGACAGCAGCGAGAGCGAUAAGUUAGAUGUGGUGAAUAGAUCACGAGGUUUGCAGCAUAUGGAGCUUGGUAGCUCGGGUAGCGAGAGCGACGAAUUGUUACCAUUGAGUACUAAUGCUGGCUCUCGCCUCGGUCCAUCCGUAGCUUCUGCCAUAUACUCUGACACUGAUUCAGAUUCACAGGAACAUCAUUCCCAUUCGGCUGUACUUAUCACGAAAGCUGCGGUCAAGGAAUUCUCAGCAGCAGAUAUAUCAAAGAAUACACAAAAGAACUUUACGUGUAAAGAUGCUUUGCGGCCGGAUUAUCAGGACGAAUCCACGAAAAAUAAGGAAAAUGUGAAAAAUCCUAAGAAGAAAGAAUACAUACCAUCUGCUCUAAUAGUUCCGCAGCGGCAAGCAGCGAAAAAGGCAUCGGAGAUCAUGCAGCGAACACAAGGUAAAAAGGAAAACGCUGCGAGCGAACCCGUGGAGUUUGUGAAAUCGCCUGGGGAACCUCUGAAACCAACCAAGGAGAGACCAUCCGGCAAGAAACAGCGCGACAACAAGACGCCAAAGGAUGCUAAAAAUAACGAUGUUUACGAUUUUGAUAAGGAAUUUGGCGAUGGCACGGAGAUUCUCGCUUACGUGCCACAACGACAGGCUGCAAAGAAAGCUGCAGAACACAUCAAAAGUGGCAUGGGUACGAAAACUGCUCAAUCGGAACUUGAAACCGCCGAUGGAAAAUCAAAGAAAGAAUUGCCGGACGGUGGUAAGAAGAGAGAGAUCAAAAAGGAGGAAUCGCCCAAGAAGGAGGAGGUACCGACAAAAAAGGAGGAAUCGAAGGAAAGACGGGGAAAGAAACAGGUGCCUGAGAGUAGCAAUAGCGAGAGUAGCAGCAGUGAUAGUAGUAGUGGCAGCAGCUCCUCAGAAAGCAGCAGUGAUUCCGACGUAGCGAAAAGUCCGAUGCAAAAGAUGUCGAGUAUCGCUAAGGAACCAGCUUCUUCUUCAACUACCAAUACUACAUCCUCCGAAAGCGAGAACGGUAAUCAGAUGAAGAACAAGACUGUGAAUAAGCGACAUUCAGUGAAUAAAGUCGCGGAUGAAGCAAUCGAAUCUGAGAAGAAGACUGUCGCGGGGCGGAAACUCAAGAAGCUGCCCGAUAAGAAGCUUAAAACUUCCGACGGGCGGCAUGGACCAGAGUUUCAGCCGCCGCUUACUGAGAGAGAAGAAUCAAGUAGAACCGCAGUACCCAAAGAGCAGCAGCAGGCUCAACAACAGCCGCAGCAGCAACAGCAGUCCGGUAAGAAAGCCGACCAAAGAGACUCAGUCAAAAGGUCGGCAACCUUGCAAUCACAACAACCAGCUGACCAAAGUAUGCUCAGUGGGGCUCGAAAUAAUGAUGGGUUACGAGGUGUAUCUGGGGCCAAGUCUACCAAAAAGUCCAGUCAAUCCGUCAAGCAGACCCAACAGCAACAGUCUACUCUCAGAGGCAAGGAAGACGGCGGCGGAACAACGUCCAGAGCGAAGUCGGAGACUCGCAAACGAAAAUCAAGCGAGGUCACUGCAAAGGAGGACAAGAAUAACAAGGAAACGUCACCGCUCAAGAAAGUGGAGAAGAAAUUAACAGAGAAAUUAACUAAGGAAAUUGAGAAAGACAACAAACAUGAUACUACUAGCGCUAAGAGUAUCCCCGAACCUGUCAUGGAACCUCCGAAAACGACUGAGAAUACUCCAAAGAUAGACGACAAGAAGAUCAAGAAAACGAGUAAUAAGAAUGCAAUCAAUACGCUAGAAGAAGAGAUGAAGCAACGACGGGCAGAACGAGAUAGUCCGAAGAAGUCGUCGAGAGGAUUGGACAAGCUUCUUGAAAAACGCGAGCACCUUGACAAAUUAUCAAGGAGUAGGAUUGCUACUCAACAGGAGAAAUGUAAUGAAGAGAAUAAAGACAAAGUCGUGGCGUCGAAAAUCGCGAAGGAGACUAUCAAGAGCGAGGAUAUGAAAAAUCACAUGAACGAAGAAGUCGCAGUGCUCGAUGCUAUGAAAUUAGAAAAAGAAGAUGUAAAGAAGAAUGUUGAGAUUACGUUGGAGAAACCUGCGGACAGAAAGAAGAAGACGGAGCGGAAACUCGAAAGCGAAACGCAGGCUGCUGUCGAGAUGAUCACUGUUGAAGAAAAUGUCCCGAAAGAGUCAAAUGAUCACAUUUGUUUGAGAUCGAUACCUGAAAAAGUUUCUACCGCAUUAGUUGAAACUGCGACAUCCGAGAAGGAAUGUCAGCAAAAGAGAAGAAAAUCUGUAAAUCGUUCCAUCUUCUCACCACAGCACGGCAGUAAAGAUCCCAGCGUAUCGGAGCUGUUUGACUUCGACCAUGAUAUACUAACCGAUGACAUGGUGAACGAUGACGGCUUCAGCAUACCUCGUGACGAAGAACGAGGAGCAGCGCCGCUCUCGUUCUCCUUCAACAACGAGCUUUGGUUCAAGGAGGAUUCGAAGGAGGACAGCGCGCGAGAGACCUUGCAUUUGGUGGAGAAGUUGCGUAUGGAAUUAUCGAAGAAGUCAGUUUCUAGUCAGUUCGAGUUGGAAUCUGUUCCAGCGGAGGAGGAGUAUCCGAAGAAGGAGGAACCGCCUAUUCGUCCGACUGAGAAACCAAUGGAAGAGCAGCCGCUGCUCCAGGAAAAAUUGGACGUACAGGAGCAGCAAGCAGUGGGACAGCAGCAGCAACAGCAGUCAGUUGUGCAGUCGGUUGAGAUUAAAAGUAACAGUGAUCCAGAACCCGUACAGAUAUCCGAGGAUCUUACGUGUAAAAAUCAUAGUAUGGAGGAUAAGAGAAAGCCUUGCUAUUCUAGCAAUAGUAACAACGAGCAGCAUUACAUAUAUGGAAAUGAAGAACGCGAGACGGCUAAAGUGACAGUGGUAGAGCGUACAAAACUUGAUAGAGCCGAAGCGGAUGAGAGAUGGGUGCCACCGAGCAUGGAUAAUUUCAAUCCAAGCGACGUGCAACAACAUCUAAACACGCUGAUCGACAACCAGAACCACCGUUACGUCGCUGCGGCCGCAGCCGCUGCCGCCGCCCAUCAAUUCUCGAACGAGGUGGCAACGAUCGGUGCCGUGAUGCCGGAUCCCGCGGCGAAUCCUGAUGCAGCCUUGGUCGCGCAUCUGCAGCUCAAUAUGCAGGACCAAUAUUUACAGUUGCAACAGACGCAUCCGAUGGAACGGGUGCAGCAACAUCUCGAGGCGCAGCACGCCGCGGCGCAAGAGCAGUCGCGUGUGCAAUCGCUUGCGAUGAUGGAUCAGCAGAUGGUGGCGACUGGUACGGAAAUACCAACGCAGAUUGUCGAUGAGAUCACUCCGAUGGAGAUGGUAAAUCGUCACCUGAUUGGCCUGCCGAAUUCGGAAGAUGAUCAGGGCAGCGAGAUGGAUCGCGUGCUGGACAAGGAAGACGUCUCGUCGGACAUCAGACAGGACUACACUCAGAGCGGCUCACCCUAUAAUGAGCUCAAUGGUCGACCGGACACGCGAUGGGCCGAGAGCCAGGUGUUACCUUCGCGACGAUCUACAUCAUCGUCCAUCACAUCUGCGUCUUCCGCGGAGGAGCAUGCAGCUAUUCCCCCUUACAAAAACGUACUUUAUCCGCCGUGUACAAUGGACGCGGCGUCUUAUCACUCGUAUUCGGAGCGCUCUUACGGCGCUGGAGCGGUCUCGUUGUUCCCGCCGCAAUCCUGCGCUGCCCCAUUGCCUUAUCCAUCGCCCUUUCCACCGCCUUUCGGCGCUCCCUUCCCGACACCGCAAUCCAUGUUGCCGCACGUGCCGAAGCCGCUCGAGGAAUCACUCAACAUCGGGGCGUCACCGUGCACCGCUGCGUUUACCUCAUCAUCGCAUAAUAUGGCUCUCACUGCGGCCAUGGUAUCGCCAACGAAAGUGACUACGCCGCCACAAGCGCCGGUGCUACCACCGUCGGUGUCGCAGCAAUCGCAACCGCAACCGCAACAACAGUCACCACCACAGACGCAGCCCCCGUCCUCGGAAGUGCCGGCGUCGACGGGACAUGCGUCGUCUUUGCUGUCGCAGCCGGUUAAUUCGCCUGCCGUACCGGCGACUUUCCUCAAUGCCAUCACGGAGACGCCGGUUACCAAUGAGACCAUUGUGGAGACCAUAGCGGAAGUAGUUAGUGCGGACAACAAGAGCGCGCCGUCCGGCAAAAAAUCGCCAUCGAAACCGACGAGAACGUCCGCCAGAGUGACGUCCCUGCAGGGUAAGUCACCCGGUAAAUCGCCGCGCCAGGAAACCAUAAAAUCCGCUCCGAGUUCUCGCGGUCGCAGCAGGAACUCCAAAGGGUCUCAACAUUCGAGUUACCGGGGUCGUGGUCGUGGUCGAGGACGAGGACGUGGCAGGAAUAGCCAGAACUCGUCGAUCGCGAUGGUGCCAAUAUCGAACGCGCUGCAUAACGACGACUCUAUCCAGAACAAGCUGGUCGGCACCGUGUAUGACUUCGAUUCGGAUGAGGACUCGGCUAACGAAACCAACAUCGCGGAUCUGCGAACGAUGCGUGAGCGCAAGAAGUCUACCGAUGUAAACGAGAAGAACCGCGCGAGCGAACCGCUCGGAGGUUUGGCGAAUGAUGGCGGUAUUCAGUCCCAUCUAUCUAGUCCCACGUUGCACACCGCGAAAAAGUAUGCCGACGACAAGAAGCUCGCGUCACCGGCGGCGCAACACGAUCAGGCCGCCAUGGCCAAAUCCGAGUCAGGCGCGAGCCAUCAGGCGUUCGCUGACAAUACGGUCAUGCCGUUGUUACCGGGCCCAGUGGAUAUGCGCACCUACAACUCGACUAUGGCUCAGCCGAGCUCGUCGGUCCACGGUCAGCCGUACGGCAACCAUUUGCUAGGCCCGUUCGCGAGCGUAGAUGCGGACCCGAAUUGUCUAAUCGACGAUUUAUUGCACGGGAACUGCUGCGAGGGAUUAAGGAAAGUCGCCGGCAAACAACAGCAACUUGCGAGCGGUGGCUUCGAAGAGCCGUACUCGAAACCAGACUUCGGCGAUCCAUCGACGAUAGAUCCGUCGUCCGUAUCCAGCUUCGAUGCCAACAAAGUUUCUCUGACCGAUUCUAGAAACCAACUGAAAGUGAAAAUCAAAGGUCCAUUCCUUGAUGCAAACUAUGCGCCGACGCCAUCGGUACCGCCGCUGGCUCAGCAAGCCCCAGUGAUAAUCACACCAACUGCGACCAGUGCGUCCGUCGCUUCGGGCACAUCAAAUCUACGUCGCAUGCGAAAGAAAGAGCUGUUGCGUCAAUAUUGCUCGCAGGACAUGAAUAUGGACGAUCCUGCGUGUGGUAGCGUCGCCUCCGCGCCUAUCAUCAUUCCACCUAUCAAUCAAAAUCGCACGGUUAUCACCAUCCCUAAGGCUGUGGCGUCAAUGACGAGUAUACCAACUCGUGAGGAUUACAAGGCUGUAGUUGACGCGAAUAUGGAAAAGAAACGGCGAAAGGAGCGCGGCAGCGGGAGCAUUGGUGGCAGCUUCUUCGAUGUAGUAGCUGGCGAGGAGGAAAGCAGUUCCGAUAGAAAGCGUGGUCUUAUGGUUGGCAUGGUCAGUGAUCGUAGAAGAGGUAGGCAAACCAGACCGACUGCCACCACGGUAACAAACAGCGCCGGACCGCCGAAAUUGAAGAUCAAAAUUGGUAACAGUAUAAUUGGCGGCCAAGAGAUGGGUAAUGCGCAGGACGAUCGUAGCAGGAUAAGACCGCCGAAGAAGCGACUGAGCAGCAUUCCGAGCAUGCCUAGCAUGGAGGAACUCCGUCGCGAGAGCAUGAAGUUCCGCAAGAUGAUCAUGGCGGGCUUCGACAAUGACGAGAAGACGAAAAAUAAGCGUGACAAGAAUGGUAAGCGGAAAAAGCGACAGUCCAGCAAGAAGGAGCAAGAAGCGCGGGUGCAGAUCCUGGAGGACGGCGCUGCGCCGCCCAAGCUCAUCAUACGGCUGGGCAAACCAACGGGCGCCAACUCCUCGGCGACAAACGACGUGCCGAACAACGCGCCGACCACCGGCGACGAGGACGACAAUCAGCAGCAGGCAUCAUCGGACAACAAGGAUAGCCGAGUGGGUCCGCCGCCGCCCGAGCCCGCUAAGGAGGAGACAGGAAUUUUCUCGACGGAAGGCGGCGUCGACGAGAAGCAGCCAACGGAUCCGAACGUAGGCGCCACCGCCCUCAGGAACGUCCGUUCGGCAAAGGUGACGCCGAUUCGGUUAAAACUGACUCGGUGUCAGGAGGGCUACGAACUGAAGGAUCCGGUGGUAGCGAGUAGCGCGAGUGUGGAUGACGAUGGUGGUAGUGGUAGCAAUACUAGUGCGACGACGACGGUAACAUUGGCGAACUCGGCGCCGUUGCCGAUCGGCGGCGUCGAGCAAGAGAAGGCGACGGAAUACCUGCCGACCACCGACGUCGCCGUCCCGGUCGCCGAGGCUAAGUCCGAGCAAGAAGAACCGUGCAUGGAGAAGCAAUCUUCCAAAGAGGACGAUAUUCCAUUGCUGCCUCAGUCCGCGAAUCACAACUCGCCAGGGUGUCCGCCCGCACCGCUCCCGCAAGGAUGCCAAGUUAGGUGAUAAUUAAUGAUAAUUGUAUAAUAUGGUAAUUUUUUUUUUUUAGUGAUUCUUUUCUUAGAUGAUUUUCGGUGUGCGCGUGUGUAUCACGUACACGUGCACGGCAUCGCACCACUCUUGUCGUGCCCGUGUACACGUAAGAUAUGUCCGCUGAAUACACGCAGAACACGUUCUCGCUACACUCACACACGUACAUACAAAAUAGAAAAUGUAUAUUAUUAAGUACUGAGACUCGGUAGAGACGAUGUAAGGGUGUAAUAUAAAUUAUUGAUUAUUGUAAAUGAUCUGAGGGUGAAGUGAAAUUUCACAAAGUGCCCAAAAUUUACCGAAAAUACUAAAAGUUACGUGCAUUUCGUCGAGUGUAUUGACGGUCCACAUUAAGAUGUCUCCUCGUUGCGCGAUCAUUGUGUAAAAUCCUGUAAAAUCUCUUGUCUGUGUGUACAUUCUGUGCACUUACUUUCCCUAUGUAAUAUGGCUUAAAUUAAUCUCAACUAGAACAAAAAACGAAUAUGAUAACUAUUACGGGCAUUACAAGCUCCUCUCUUCUAAAGAUCUUCUAAGGACCUACAGAUCUCUUUUAAAGAGAUCCCGCGAGAAGAGUACGCUUGCCAAUUAAUUAAACAUACCUUGUCAUUAUCACGUUUGUUCUCACUGCAUAAUUAUCGCAACUUAUUUUAUACGUUUAUUAUUUAAACUUGUAGAAACAGUCUCCCUUUUUGUCCAGACUAACUUCCUUCUUAAUGUUUGUCGACGUGCGGCGCUCAAAGGUUUCUCUUACGCUCGUCGAUACUCGACCUCAAAGCAAUAUGAUGAUCAGGUGUGGAUUUUAAAGGACUUUAAUAAAUCGGUGCGGCGUAUUAAAGCGCAUCAAGUCCUGAGACGAGAGCGAAGUUCAUGUUCGAGCGCAACGAGCGACACCUUAAUGAGGUAUCGCGGCAGCGACGUAAAAAUUAUCUUGUACAACAAACAUACUUCUCAAAUCACCGCUUGGGUCGUGAUUUUUAAAUGCUAGGUAUAACGAAUUUUAAUAAACCACAAUAUGAUAUACAAUAUUUCGAACGAUAUACCGAUAUAUAGUUGAUAUCAACUAUAAUGUGGCAAGGAGAGCGUAUUACCAACCGGAUGUGAAAUACUGAAUAAGAAAAAGGAUACGCAUUAUAUAUAUUUUUUUUUAUUUUUAGAACAAAUUUUUUUCGGACACACAGGCAUACCCGUUUAUGCUCGGAAGGAAAA